AUGCACUCCGUAUUCCGUACCGCCGCUGUCCGCAGCUCCUUCCGCUCGGUUGCUGCCCGUGCGCCCGCGACUCCCCUGAUGAGUCGUGCCAGCUUCAGCACCACCAUCGCCCGUCGCAGCGGCGGCGAGCACGCCGAGGAGAGCUUUGAGGAGUUCUCUGCCAGAUUCGAGAAGGAGUUUGACAGCGUUCAGGAUGUUUUUGAGCUCCAGCGCAACCUCAACAACGCCUUUGCCUACGAUCUAGUCCCCUCGCCUUCCGUCGUCGCCGCCGCUCUCAAGGCCGCCAGGAGGGUCAACGACUUCCCCACCACUGUCCGCAUCUUCGAGGGCAUUAAGUCCAAGGUUGAGAACAAGGGCCAGUACCAGCAGUACCUCGAUGAGCUCAAGCCUCUGCGCGAGGAGCUCGGUGUCCCGUUGAAGGAGGACCUCUAUCCCGAGGCGCAGAAAUAA